AUGGACAAUGGAAUAUUGACAAUCCCAACUAUCGAGCUCAAUGAUGGCACAGAACUCAUCCUUAGAAACCUUACUGCCUUUGAACAACGUCAAAAUUGUAUAGAAUAUUUUACAAGCUAUGCAUUCUUCAUGGAUGGUCUCAUUGACGCUGUCAAAGAUGUCGAGUUGCUACAGCAGAAGGGAAUUAUUAUAAACAUCCUUGGCAGCGCAGAAGAAGCGGUGAACUUAUUUAACAACAUUGGCAAAGGUCUUUCCCCCAGGAAUCCCAUUUUCUCUAGUGUUAUCAAGGAUUUGGAGAACUAUCACAAUAAAUCAUGGAAUAAAAGGAAGGCAAAUUUGAUGCAGAACUAUUUCAACACGCCAUGGGCAUCAAUUUCAGUCGGUGCUGCGGUGUUCCUCCUCAUCUUGACGAUCAUACAAACUGUUUGUUCCAUCUUACAACUUAAACCAUGA